AUGAUUAGCCAAUCAAGGAAUCUGUGCCACAAGAUUUAUCGACUGAUUAUCGAUCGAAUAAGUGGAAUCUCCCCAACUCUCAUGGCAAACAAUUUCGCAAUAAAUCAACUCAAGAAGUACGGUUGGUCUCAAGGCCAAGGUUUAGGAAAGAAUUCUGAGGGAAGGAAGAAGCCUAUUGUCGUGUCAGAGAAGAAUGAUACUCGAGGACUUGGCGACAACUCGGCGGAUUGGUCAUUCGAAUGGUGGGAUCACGUAUACAACAAUACUCUGGAUAACAUAAAAGUAUCAAAAACAGUCGAUGGGGAUGUCAAGGUUUCCAAGGUUGUUGGUAAGAGUAGAAUUCCAAGGAAUCAGAUGGGAAUUAUUAGCACUAGCGAGUCGCGAUACACUCUUUCGGAUGCCACGUGCAACUUGGAAUCGACAAAUCUCGGUGAAAGCGAGGCCGGUGAUUCGCCUUCGUCGAAAGAGCAGGUUGUGAGCAGGCGAUUCACGUAUAAUAGUUUUGUCAAGAGUUCUACGGGACCGUUAGACUUGAAUAGCAUGAACAAGAAGCCUCGACAACCAAACGCAAAUGAGCAUUUGAUGCCACCUUCAAGCACGGUAUUGCUCGCGGGCACCUCGGAAAAUGGUGAUGUCUCUCGAGAUGAUGAUCAAAAUUCUAAAACAUCAGGUGGGAAAAGGUUGCGCGGUCAUUUGGAUGAUUUUUCGACGGUUUGGGUGUCGAAUCACGCAUUAUUAAUAAAAAGAAUGCCCGAGGAUGAUUUUUCGAGCGCGUCAAAACGACUCAUUGCCCUGCGAAAUCAUCUCGAGAAUGGUGCAGGAGACAGUCAAAGCCAAACGGAAUGGCGGACUUCGUCACCAAGCCAAAGCUUGGCAGCUCGUACGAAUCAAGACAGAAAGUGGAAUGGUCACGGAUACAAGGACACAUUUUUUAAAUUCAAUGAACGAGGAACUGCCUUUUUGUCGGGCAAUCGUUAUUCCAAUUUUAGCUCGAAGGAAUUCCAUGAACUUCGUCCUUGGCUUGAACAGACAUUACGAAUAAACUUAAAAACCCUCUGCCCCGCACAACCUACCAUAAUUGACAUACCCAGUCCUGAGGUGAACCACAAGUUUUACGACACAAUAAGACCUCAAGGAAUAAUCUUCUCCUUCGCGGAACAGGAUCGACUGUCUCACGGGCAUGGCACAAGCACUAAAGAAAUUUACAAAUUGAGAUACGGCAACUUGCCCAGGAUACCAGACGCCGUCAUUUGGCCGGAAAGCCAUGGACAAGUUGAACUUAUUAUUUUGGCAGCCCAAACGCACGACGUUGGCUGUAUUCCAUAUGGUGGCGGUUCCAAUGAUGUGGACGCGUUGGAGUGCCCCUCCGAAAAUAGGAAAAGAAUGAUCGUUUCUUUGGAUUUAAGACAGAUGAACAGGAUCGUAUCAUUGAAUGCUGAAAACAUGUGCGUUACCGUAGAAGCCGGCGCGGUGGCUCAAGAUUUGGAAGGAGAAUUACGGAAGUUGGGAUUUACUUUAGGAUGGGACAUUGAAUUGGUUGUUGGAGGAUUGGCGUCCAUGCGUUCAAGGGAUUUCGAAAAUGGCAUCGUCAACGUCAAAAUAGUCACCCCUGCAGGCACAAUACAAAAGAACAGCGUUCAUCCACCGCCGAUAUCUUCGGGCCCAGACAUAACAAAUUUAUUACUAGGCUCCGAAGGAACAUUAGGUGUCAUAACCGAAUUAACUUUUAAACUACAUCAUAUUGUACAAAAAAAAAUCAUCGACAACUGUGGUGGAGUACACUUUGUGGAUGAGGAGGGGUUGCAACUUGUGGAAGCGUUUAGCACCGCGAUACCCAAUGUAACAACUGUGUUCUGGGAUUACAUCAAAAGAUACUAUUGGAAGAAAAUGAAAGGGUUGAGUGUGGGGAAAAUGUGCUUGGCCUCUUUAAUUCUUAAUGGCGAAGACGCUAUAAAGUUUGAAACAUAUAAAAAAAGGGUUCAUGAGGUUGUUGAGAGAUACGGAGGGGUGAUGGUCGGAAGGGAAUUGAGUGAGACGAUGUUUUUCUCGUCAAAGGGGUUGCCAUAUCUCCGGGACUUUCUUCUUGACUAUUACGCAGUGUCCGAUUAUAUUGACACUACCACAUCAUGGUCAAACAUUGAGGAACUAGUUGAAGGAGUUAAGCGAAUAAUUAUCACCACUUGUAAAACUCGAGGAGUUAAAACGAGGCCAUACGUCGGUGUUCGAGUUGACUAUCUAUACGACACGGGAGUAGGUCUGACGUUUAUCUAUGGAUUCAAUUGUCGAAAUCUUGAUGAUCCACUUGAUGCAUUAAGAUGCGUGGAACGAGCGGCAUUGGCUGAAAUGUUGAGACUGAAUGGAUCGGUUUCACAUCGUGCAUCAGGCAUUGGAAAAAAGAAAAGGAAAUGCCUUUUGGAAUCUUUACCAGAGCCAGCUCUGGAAAUUUUGAAACAUGUUAAAAGGUAA